CCUUUGUCUCGUGUGAAAUGGGAGCUAUCAAUCACUACCAAGUUUCAAGAUCGACGCUUGGAACAUCUCUGCGAAACAAUUAAUUGCAGUGAGAAGUUGCAAAUUCUCAGAUAAGUUUUCCCUCUGCUGUCGACAUUUUUGUCCAAAGUAGCUUAGAUUUAGGGAUUUGGUUUACUUCAGCAAAUUAUUUUGAUUUUUGUUUAUAGAGGUUCAGGGCUUUACUUAUAAAUUCAAAAAGCGGCUUUCAGUUUUGCAUCAGUUUGGUUUUACUAGAGUUUUAGAGUUUAUUCUGCGCCAAAUUUUUUAUAGAUAUGUCAAUUCCUAGAGAGCUUUAUCCGUCCCAAGAUGAUCUCUUGUACGAAGAGGAGAUAUUACGUAACCCAUUCAGCCUCAAGCUUUGGUGGCGCUACCUAAUAGCCCGUCGUGAAGCACCUUUCAAAAAGCGGUUCAUUAUCUAUGAGAGAGCUGUUAAGGCUUUACCAGGGAGCUAUAAGCUUUGGCAUGCCUAUCUUACUGAGCGUCUCGAUAUUGUUAGAAACUUGCCCAUCACUCACUCCCAAUAUGAAACCCUAAACAAUACAUUUGAAAGAGCAUUGGUUACUAUGCAUAAAAUGCCUCGAAUUUGGAUCAUGUACUUGCAAUCUCUAACCAACCAGAAAUUGAUUACUCGUACCCGUAGGUCUUUUGAUAGAGCACUCUGUGCAUUGCCAGUCACGCAACAUGAUAGGAUUUGGGAGCUAUAUUUGAGGUUUGUCAGCCAAGAGGGAAUUCCAAUUGAGACUUCACUCAGGGUUUAUAGGAGGUACUUGAAGUAUGACCCUAGUCAUAUUGAGGACUUCAUUGAGUUCUUGGUGAAUUCCCAUCUCUGGCAAGAGGCAGCUGAGAGGCUUGCUUCAGUGUUGAAUGACGAUCAGUUUUAUUCUAUAAAGGGGAAAAUAAAGCAUACGUUAUGGCUAGAAUUGUGUGAUCUUCUUACUAGACAUGCAAAGGAGGUCUCUGGUUUGAAUGUUGACGCCAUUAUUAGGGGUGGCAUUAGGAAGUUUACAGAUGACGUUGGCACAUUGUGGACAUCUCUUGCUGAUUAUUAUAUUAGGAGGGGUUUGUUUGAGAAGGCUAGGGAUAUUUUUGAGGAGGGUAUGACUACAGUGGUUACUGUGAGAGAUUUUAGUGUUAUUUUUGAUGCAUAUUCACAGUUUGAAGAGAGUAUGGUAGCAUAUAAGUUGGAUCUGGACUUGAGUGAUGAGGAAGAGAAUGAUGAUGAUGCCAAGCAAGAAGAGGAUAUUCGUUUAGAAGUGAAUUCUAAGUUUGAGAAGAAGAUACUUAAAGGGUUUUGGUUACAUGAUGAUAAUAAUGUGGAUUUGAUGUUGGCCCGAUUGGAGUAUCUCAUGGAUAGAAGGCCAGAAUUAGCCAAUAGUGUACUUUUGCGACAAAAUCCACAUAAUGUGGAACAGUGGCACAGGAGGGUUAAGCUUUUUGAGGGCAAUCCAACUAAACAGAUACUAACUUACACUGAGGCAGUAAGGACAGUUGAUCCGAUGAAAGCAGUAGGAAAGCCUCACACUCUAUGGAUUGCUUUUGCCAAGUUGUAUGAGAAUCACAAUGAUCUUGUCAAUGCAAGAGUAAUUUUUGACAAGGCUGUCCAAGUGAACUAUAAGACUGUUGAUAAUCUGGCCAGCAUUUGGUGUGAGUGGGCUGAAAUGGAAAUUAGACACAAAAAUUUCAAAGGUGCAUUGGAGCUGUUGAGGCGGGCCACAGCAGAACCAUCAGUUGAGGUCAAACGAAGAGUGGCUGCUGAUGGCAAUGAACCAGUCCAGAUGAAGUUGCAUAAGUCCUUGAGACUCUGGACUUUUUAUGUCGAUUUGGAAGAGGGCCUUGGGACCUUGGAGUCCACUCGAGCAGUCUAUGAGCGAAUAUUGGACCUGAGAAUAGCCACACCACAAAUCAUUAUCAAUUAUGCAUUGCUCCUAGAAGAACACAAGUACUUUGAAGAUGCAUUCAAGGUAUACGAAAGAGGAGUGAAAAUAUUUAAGUAUCCUCAUGUGAAAGACAUAUGGGUCACAUAUCUUUCAAAGUUUGUAAAGAGAUAUGGCAAGACAAAACUGGAACGAGCAAGAGAGUUAUUUGAACAUGCUAUUGAAAUGGCUCCUGCUGAUGCAGUGAAACCCUUGUAUCUUCAAUAUGCAAAGCUGGAAGAGGAUUAUGGUUUGGCAAAGCGAGCUAUGAAGGUUUAUGAUCAAGCAACAAAAGCUGUCCCUAAUAGUGAAAAACUGGAGAUGUAUAAAAUUUAUAUUGCCCGUGCGGCUGAGAUUUUUGGUGUCCCAAAAACCAGGGAGAUAUAUGAGCAAGCAAUUCAGGAACCGGGUGGUCUUCCUGAUAAAGAUGUAAAGACAAUGUGUUUGAAGUAUGCUGAAUUGGAGAAGAGCCUGGGAGAAAUUGAUCGUGCACGUGCCAUAUAUGUAUAUGCAUCUCAACUUGCUGAUCCACGAACUGAUGCAGAUUUCUGGAAUAAAUGGCACGAGUUUGAGGUACAACAUGGAAAUGAGGACACUUUCCGAGAUAUGCUGCGGACUAAACGAAGUGCUUCAGCAAGCCAUAGCCAGCAACAUAUUUUGCCCGAGUAUUUGAUGCCAAAGGAUCAAAGGCUGGACAUUGACGAGGCAAAAGACAAAUUGAAACAGGCUGGGGUUCCUGAAGAUGAAAUGGCUGCUCUAGAGAGGCAGUUAGCUCCUGCAGCCAUCAAUACUACAACUAAAGACAGCAACAGAAAAGUGGGCUUUUGGAGUGCUGGGGUGGAAUCGCAGCCUGAUGGAGCAAUAAAGGUUAAUGUGAACCAGGAAGACAUUGAGCUGCCAGAAGAAAGUGACUCUGAAGAUGAUGAAAAAGUGGAGAUUACGCAGAAAGAUGUUCCAUCUGCUGUCUUUGGCGGAUUGGCUAGGAAGAGAGAGGAGACUGAAAAAGAUGAAGGUGGAGGCGACACUGGAAUCGGUAAGGAUAAGGAUGGUGAGAGCCGUCUUGGGGCCUUGGAGAGAAUAAAACGGCAAAAAAGAGCAUGAUUACCUUGAAAUUUGAAGUCAGGCUAAACUGUCAUGAAGUUUUGACAAAUGUCCUAACUGCCAUACAUACACCUGAAGUUGUCCUUUGCGAUUUGUAUGAUAAUAGUUGAUUGUACUGGAGGUGGACAUUUUCAUCAAGCCAAAAUGUUGUAGAGGACCCCAGAAUACAAUUCAUUUGGAUUCAAUUGGCUAGUAGGUUCUGCUACGAAAAAUGAGGUUGACUAAUCAGAUGUACUCAAAGUGGCUAUGAAUAGCAACGCCUGAGGCACACCACAUGCAAGUAGGUACAACGUUUACACCGAGGCCCAUAAUUAUAAGACCCAUAUCCAACUAUUUGUAAGCUGUAGACAGGAGUAGACUGUAAUUUGUAGUGAAUUUUCCUUUUUUGUAUUUUGUUAAUGAUAAAUCCUUUGAAUGUGUAACGCGACAGGGCCAAUUAUCAUUUCCUUUGAAUUUGCUACUAAACCAAGUUUCCAUGAA